AUGUCACUUGGUCUUCGUCCUCGUUUGAAAGCUCGGCCCUCAUUCUUAGAUCUCAUCAAAAUCCAACAUAUUGAUACCUUGUCAAUAGCUCCAGUCGAGCUUAAUCAAGAGCCAUUACCACAACUUCCUCUAUCACCCCCUCCAACAACAAUCCAAUUCAUAGUUCCCAAUACAAGCAAAGAAAUCGCCAACAUGGCUCCUCAAAGAGAUGCAGAUGGAGAGGAACAAUUUGGUUCAAUUUACUCCGUAUCAGGUCCGGUCGUGGUGGCAGAGAAUAUGAUCGGAGUUGCCAUGUACGAGUUGGUUAGAGUCGGUCACGAUAAUCUUGUCGGUGAAGUUAUUCGAAUCGAAGCGGAUAGAGCGACUAUUCAAGUAUACGAGGAAACAGCUGGUGUUACUGUUGGAGAUCCCGUUGUGCGUACUGGAAAGCCUUUGUCCGUCGAGUUGGGCCCAGGUCUCAUGGAAACAAUUUACGAUGGUAUUCAAAGACCUCUCAAAGCUAUCGCAGACAACUCCAACAGUAUCUACAUUCCCCGUGGUAUUUCCGCUCCAGCUUUGAACAGAGAAAAGGACUGGGACUUUAAGCCGAUUAUGAAGGUUGGAGAUCACAUUACUGGAGGCGACAUUUGGGGUACAGUCUACGAGAACUCCCUCCUGGAUGAUCACAAGAUUCUUUUCCCACCCAGAGCUAGGGGUACAAUUACUCGCAUUGCUGAAAAGGGAAGCUACAAGGUCGACCAAAAGAUCCUCGAGGUCGAAUUUGAUGGCAAGAAGACCGAAUAUAGCAUGAUGCACACAUGGCCUGUACGUGUACCACGACCAACUACCGAGAAAUUGGCAGCAGAUAAGCCAUUUAUCGUUGGACAACGUGUAUUGGACGCUCUUUUCCCUAGUGUUCAAGGAGGAACUGUUGCCAUUCCAGGUGCUUUCGGUUGUGGUAAGACGGUUAUUAGUCAAUCUGUUUCUAAGUUCUCGAACAGUGAUAUCAUUGUAUAUGUUGGAUGUGGAGAGCGUGGAAACGAGAUGGCUGAAGUCUUGAUGGAUUUCCCAGAACUUUCCAUUGAAAUCGAUGGACGUAAAGAGCCUAUCAUGAAGCGUACCACACUUAUUGCCAACACAUCCAAUAUGCCUGUCGCCGCUCGUGAAGCCUCUAUUUACACGGGAAUUACGGUAGCUGAAUAUUUUCGCGAUCAGGGUAAAGAUGUUGCCAUGAUGGCUGAUUCUACAUCUCGUUGGGCUGAGGCACUUCGUGAAAUUUCUGGUCGUUUGGGAGAGAUGCCUGCUGAUCAAGGUUUCCCCGCUUAUCUUGGAGCUAAACUUGCUAGUUUCUACGAACGUGCUGGUAAAGUUCAAGCUCUUGGUGGACCUGAUCGUGAAGGUAGUGUCAGUAUUGUCGGUGCUGUCAGUCCCCCUGGUGGUGAUUUCUCCGAUCCUGUGACAAGUAGUACUUUGGGUAUUGUGCAAGUUUUCUGGGGUCUCGACAAGAAACUUGCUCAACGUAAACAUUUCCCUUCUAUCAAUACUGCAGUCAGUUACAGUAAAUAUACUACUGUUCUCGACAAAUACUACGAAAAGGAUUUCCCCGAGUUUCCUAGACUUCGAGACCGUAUCAAGCAACUUUUGACCGAUUCUGAAGAAUUGGAUCAAGUCGUUCAAUUGGUUGGAAAGUCAGCAUUAUCCGACCCUGACAAGAUUACCCUGGAUGUAGCUGCAUUGAUCAAGGAAGAUUUCUUGCAACAAAACGGUUACAGUGACUAUGAUCAAUUCUGUCCUAUUUGGAAGACUGAGUGGAUGAUGAAGGCAAUGAUGGGAUUCCACGAUGAGGCCCAAAAAGCAGUCGCACAAGGUCAAAGUUGGGCUAAAGUACGUGAAUCUACCGGAGAGCUUCAAUCCCAAUUGAGAAAUAUGAAAUUCGAGGUUCCAAGUGAAGGCGAGGAGAAGAUCACAAAGAAGUACGAGGAUCUUGUUCAAGCUAUGACUGAUAAAUUCGCUUCGGUUACCGAUGAGUAAAAGGAAGCAUAAUAGGCGAUUAUUUUGGGGGAAGCGGUAUGGUGGUUUGCAUUUCUUACUUUAACUUGUAUCAAAGUUUUGUUGGGUGAUAGAUAUGAG